GUCCACUGGAUGGCCUGCCUGUGGGUCGCGUGCGAAGGCAAGCGCUGGAACGGUGUCAUCGCGACCCUCAUCGAUCACCAGCCCGACGCGACGUGGCUGUCUGCCUUCGAGGACAACUCGGGCGGUGAGCUCCCCUGCGACCUGAACGCCACCUGCGUAUGGCUCCUAUCGCUCUACUGGGCGAUCAUGACGCUGACGACGGUGGGCUACGGCGACAUCACACCGCAGAACUGGCUGGAGUUUAUCCUUUGUUGCAUCACGAUGCUGCUCAUGGGCUUCACCUGGGCCUACAUCGUCGGUAGCAUCGUGGCUCUCAUCUCGAAUCUUGACAAGUACGGCAACGAAUUCAAGCAGCAGAUGGACGACCUGAACGACAUGUGCGAAGACAGGGACGUGCCCAGACCGUUGAGGAUCGAGCUGCGUCAGUACCUGAUGAAGUCGAAGACGAUCCCCAAGCAGCUGCAGCAGCGUGAGCUGCUGACGCGGCGCCUGUCCAAGAC